CAGUUCAGAUGACGAAGGCAGCGAAUGGCGACGACACAAUGAAACGGAUGACACACCGUAGCAUGCUUUAUGACUCGUACGGUGAUGACACGGCGAAUCUGCGAAGCACGCUGAAAGGCGCGUAUGGCGAAGGCAUGGUGGCAGAAACAGCCAGGAAGAUCCGUGCGAGGAUUUUGCAAGACAUUACCACCAGUGAUCCUGCCUGUGCGGCGUUGGGUUGUGAGCCUGCUGGCGGCAAAUGUGAGAAGGAUAAAAACGGAGAGCGCUACUGCAAGUGGGACUCACUCUGUGGUCCUUGCCCCUCUGGAGCCACAUGCAAAACUUAUGAGUCGGACCCACCCUAUCCUUACUGUUCGUGCCCUAGCGGGUAUGGGAUGACCGCGACCAGCUGUGUUCAAGGUGGAGCUCCCACCGUCUCUUCCUACAGCUACACUUACAUCGCGAAUGAAACAGCCAAGGACGCGGCUGCUCGACCGUGGACCUUCCGCCUCAACCUGAAUGUGUGCACUCCUACGCCACCUGCAGUGACCGGCGUCAUCACAUCAGCUUAUAAGACUGAAAACAUCGGCGAUGCUCCACCCUGCAGGAAGAUUAUAUACUACAAGUCAAAUGCAUGUGAAGGCGCCAUCGAGAAAGAAGUCUCCACGAACAAUGAUAUGCAGUUUAUAACGGCAGCUAUAGU